CCAUUUUCAUCAGCUACCCUUGCUCCUGUCUGUCUUCAGUCACUUUGCCUUGGGCAUCCGAUUUUGGGGUUUUAGGGUUUUGCAUAAAAUUCCCACUACCUUUCUACGAAAGCCAGCCAUGACUGCUCAAACCCAGGAAGAACUCCUUGCUGCCCAUCUCGAACAGCAAAAGAUCGAUCUUGACGAGCCCCUAGUUGAAGAUGAAGACGAAGAUGAUGAAGAUGAUGAUGACGACGACGACAAGGAUGAUGAUGAAGCCGAGGGACAACAUGAUGGAGACGGUAGUGGUAGGUCAAAGCAAAGCAGAAGUGAAAAGAAAAGUCGGAAAGCAAUGUUGAAGCUUGGCAUGAAACCUAUCGCAGGAGUUAGCAGGGUCACUGUCAAAAAAAGCAAGAAUAUACUGUUUGUCAUCUCGAAACCGGAUGUUUUCAAGAGUCCAACUUCAGAUACAUAUGUAAUCUUUGGGGAGGCAAAGAUCGAGGAUUUGAGCUCUCAACUGCAGACACAGGCUGCAGAGCAGUUCAAGGCUCCUGAUCUCAGCCAUGUGAUUUCCAAACCGGAGUCUUCGGCCGUGGCCCAAGAUGAUGAAGAAGUAGAUGAGACGGGGGUGGAACCCAAGGACAUUGAGUUGGUGAUGACACAGGCAGGAGUCUCUAGGUCAAAGGCUGUGAAAGCAUUGAAGGUAGCAGAUGGGGACAUAGUUACAGCCAUCAUGGAUCUUACCAACUGAGAGAAGCUUUUAAGUAUUAUUUUAUAUCGAGGAUUUUGCAGUUCCGUGGUUUCUAGAUCACCUGAGCUUUACGGUUUUGGAUCUUUUUUCAAUUUAUUGAAAGUUUCUUUUUCUUUGUUCUGCGUUUGUACGAGCAAACCACUCAGACGAAUGCAUUGUUGAGUGAUAAACUGGAGCCCGUGUUUCUCUAUUUGUGUCCUAGUUAAAGUUCGGGGGCUUCGCUUUGGAUCCCAUUCAUUCAAAAGUUGCGCAUUUUUAAACAGCCCUUUAAUUAUUUGAAACUUUCUUCUUUUUGAAAAUGUUGUACUGCCUUGCUGAAGCAUUUGUGCGGUGCACUAAUCUCUAUCCAAAGUUAUAUUUCUGUAA